UUUAAAAACCAUGAACCCCAGAUGGAAGCGUUGCCGGAGCUUCUCAUCCUUUGUGCGCUGUUGCAUACAGCUUCUCCUCUGAAAUGCCUGGCAUGUACUGCCGAUGACUGGGCUUCCUGCCUGGAGGCGGAAACAACCUGCGAAGCCUCAGUGACCUCCUGCGUGUCUGCCAUCAGCACAGUGCUCACAGGUGGCGGGAAUCGCGUAACCAAAGUCUUCCGGUCGUGUUACCCCACUGCCCUCUGUGACCAGCCCGUGUCCUUCAACGUCACGACGUCAAGCGGACACGUCAGUUUAAAAUGCUGCCAGACGGAUAGCUGCAACACUGAAGACGUGACGGCAUCUGAAGACAGGCCGUCGGCUAAACUGGAAUGCUACGGCAGCUUCAUAGCGAAAAACAAAUGCAGAUCGAAAGUGAAAUGCUCCGCCAGUCAAGACCACUGUCUCAAAAUAGGAACUAAAGGGCGGAAGGAAGAUGGCGUUAAGGGAUGCGUUUCGAAAAGCCUCUGUGAAGUUGACUCACCAGCGUCGUGGUUCAUUCAGGGCUCCUUGACUGGGAGAAGAUUCUGCUGCAAAACUAAAGAUUGCAAUAGCGGCGAGCCUCUGGACCAGAGCUCCCUGCUUAUGCUGAUCCCCCUCACGGCUUUCCUCUUCUGAACCAGGCCCUGCCACUCCUGGCCUUUGUUUCCAAACCCUGCUCUAAAUGGUUUCAUUGAACCGAUGAAGUAAACCUCCACCCAGACCCUGAAGUUGUUCGUUCUCUCACUGUGCCCGUUAAACAAAUCUGGAGUGGAAUAAUGGCUCUCCAGGACUGGGAAUGGUUGAUUGGACACCCCUGCUCUAAAUAAUACAAUGCAAUCUUUUCCUAUGGUCUGAAACG